AUGAGCUCAUCACUUGAAGCCAAGAUCGUCGUCCUGGGUUCACAAGGCGUCGGCAAAACAUCCCUCGUAAAUCGCUACGUCAAAAACUCAUUUGAACCCGCCAAAAUAACAUCCACCGUCGGCGCGUCCUUUGUCACGAAACGCGUCCUCGACACCACCUCGGACACCAUCGUACGACUUCAAAUCUGGGAUACCGCCGGCCAAGAACGGUUUCGCAGCAUAUCGCGACUGUACUACCGCGGCGCAAAUGCUUGUUUAUUAUGUUACGACAUUACAGACGAAAAUAGUUUCAAGGAAAUGACGGGAUGGUUGCAGGAACUGAAACAGAAUCUUGGACAUAGCAAUGAUGUCGGCGCCGGGGGUGACAGUCCACUCGUCAUCCAUGUCGUGGGUACCAAGUCGGAUAUAGUCGCGCUCGAACCGUCGCGACGAAAAGUACCCUUUGAGCGGACGAUCGCAUACGUCGCGGAACAGUUGUAUCCAUCACAAGCAUCCACGCCGCCUCCGACAGCCGGAUUUGGGAAUAUGUUUGUCACCUCGCCGACGAGCAGUUUGCAAAGCCCCGAUAGUAAACGAAGCAGCGGAUUCUGGGGCCAGGAUAUCGGAUGGGAUUGUUGCCAUGAGAUUAGCGCCAAGGAUGGUGAGGGCGUGGAAGAAGUGUUUCGCGUGAUUGCGCGGAAACUGGUGGAGCAACGAAACAAGCAACUCAAUGAGUUGAUGAUGCAUGGGACUGGCGGUGCGAACGGUGGAUCCUUGGAUCUGAAUCAUUCUGAUAUGGACGGCGGCACCGGUGGUGGGAUGAACGGGAUGAACGGACGGGGGAGUUUUAGGAUUGGCAUGGGGGAUAAACGAAGAAGUUGGUUGGGAUUUCCGCCUGGUAUGGUGGUUAAUGAAGAGAUGGAAACGCCUGCUGAAGUGGGGAAGCAGAGGCGGCCAUGCUGUUGA